AUGGGGUACAAGAUUAAAGUUCUUGGGUGCUCCCCAAUCCUUAAUACUCAAGUUUCUUAUGCCAAAUCAAAAUUUUUGAUGUUCCAUUGGAGAAAACCUACUUACCCUUGGAUCAAAAGCAACACUGAUGGGAGUUAUAGAAGACACACUGCUGGUAUUGGGGGGAUUUUCAUAAAUAAUGUUGGGGAAUGCCUACUAUUUUUCCAAUCUCCCACUGAUGCUCUCAAUGCUUUGCAGGCUGAAGUCUUAGCUGUGGUAUGGGCUCUUCAAACAGCUGUUGUUAUGGGAUGGAACCUACUAAUUGUGGAAAUGGACUCCUUAUGGCUAUUCCAGCUCUUAAAAGAUAACAUCUCCCCACCUUGGUUUCUUCUACAUGUUGUUAAGCAAAUUACUCACAUGAAGUUGACUCACAACCUUCAGAUUAUCUGGAAGCAUAUUUUUAGGGAGGGUAACAGAUGUGCUAAUUGGCUUGCACAUCAAGGUGCUUUGUCUAUGUUGCCUAAAGUAAAUACUACCCCUCCUAUGGAGCUGUCUUGGUUGAUUAAGGCAGAUCUCUCUGAUCUGCCUUAUAUUAGAAGGGGGAUGUCCACUGAUGUUUAUUUUAACCAUUCUAUCUAG